AUGAUCUCGAGUCUGCUCAAUAUCAUGGCCAACGCCGUUCGGCCUCCGCUGCUGCGAAGCUCGAAUGAACGGCAGACGAGGCUCAACUUCCUGCCCGUGUCGCGCGAUGACGCCCUCCAACAAGCCCAGCGCAACAACAAUAACACGCCCGUCGCGACAAGACGGACCUCCAAAAGCGGCCCAUUGCUUGCGCUUGCUGAUGACGAUAGAUCCGUCAAGCAAUUAACCCACACGCCCAACAAACCCCCUCCGCCUGCGCGCACCAGCAGCAGGAAGCGGCCAGCCACAGCCUUGGAAGACGACGCGACCGACACGAGACCUCCCACCAAGAUCACCGUGACACAACCACACGGCGAGCUUCUGCGCAUCACCAAUGGCGUCGCCGCCCCGCUGGGCAUAGACGCCGACGACGUCCCCUCUGCGAGGUCCACGCCUAGGCCAGGCAGCUCCGGCAAGCUUGCUGCGCCCCCAGCUGUCCCCGCCCCGGCCUCGACAGCGUCGUCGACAGACAAGCGCAGCCUGAGAAGCCACGACGGUGGAUCCCGCCUCAAGAGUGAUCUCGCCGUCUACUUUUCAAACUACGACGACAUCAUUGCAGGUGUGCCCAAAGAGGAUGAGUUCCUCGAUAUCGAUACCCCCAUAUACAUUGUCGACGAGCCCAUCAAGCCCAAGACGCCUGAGCCCACGCGAAGCUCCCUAAGCCCGACGCGCUCACGGAAAGCGAGACCUUCGUCCCCAUCGCGCCAUGCUUCAGAUCCCUCAAUACCCCUAGCCCCGUCCUCGACUUCCUUCACCGUCCUCGACUACGCCUCUAUAGCCAAUGCCAUCACCCGUAAUGACGGCGAAGACCCCCUCGCCGACUCGGUCUUCUUCACACAACACCGACGCGCUGAACGCAAGGAGAAGCAGCUGCGCAAUAUCGAAAAGGAGCGCGCCAUGCACGAGAAGGUGCAGUUAGAGAGGCUCCUCGAUGGGCUGCAGGGUCCAGACUGGCUCAAGGUCAUGGGCAUAACAGGCGUGACAGACGGCGAGAGAAAGGACUGGGAGGCCAAGCGCGACUACUUUGUCAGAGAGGUAGAAGCACUAGUCGACAAAUUCCGCGUCUGGAAGGAAGAGGAGAAACGCUUACGUGCUGAAAAGGAAGCAGCUCUCGCUGCGAGGGAAGACGACGAGGAAGAAGACGGCGAAGAGACCGAAGACUCAGACAACAUUGUAGUCAACGGCCGCGAUGCUCCACCACCACGACAGCAGCCCAAAGAACCUGAGCCACCGAAACCACGAAGACCACCGCGUCCACAUGGCUUUCUCCUCCCAUUCGUGCCACCUGAACCUGCAGCCCCAUUCAGCUCCUUUUAUGCUAAACCACACCUUCGCGCCGCUGCCCUUGGUAAACACAGACACGGUCGCAACGCAUCUGCCUUUGGCCAGCCUAUACCCGAUUUCGUCGAAAGGGAGUUUGAGUUGCCUGACGAUUUCAUCGACCCCCAGUUCCUGAGAGACAAUGCGCGCCAAAGACGGAGACGGAAGAGGGAAAGUGGUGUGAAUACAGGUACAGGGACCGGUGCACAUUAG